AUGCACACAUCAGUUUUCAUCACAGGUCUCGUGUUUGCGUCAUACUUCUCAUGGAGAUUAACUGUCGUGGCCCUCCCAACACUUGUCCUUCUUCUAAUCCCAGGGUUGAUCUAUGGCAAAUACCUUGUUUACUUAUCCAAGAAAUCCUUCAAGGAAUACGCGAAAGCAAACUCGAUCGUGGAACAGGCUCUAAGCUCCAUCAAGACCAUUCUUUCAUUCACGGCCGAGACUCAGAUCAUCAAGAACUACUCAGAGAUCUUGGAAAGACACAGGAAACUUGGGCUAAAGCAAGGUCUCGCCAAAGGUUUAGCCGUGGGAAGCACAGGGAUUUCAUUCACCAUCUGGGCUUUUCUUGCUUGGUACGGUAGCAGAUUGGUGAUGCACAAACACGAAACCGGUGGAAACAUUUACGCUGCCGGGAUCUCUUUCGUCUUGAGUGGCCUUUCUCUGGGGACGGCGAUGACUGAAAUAAAAUAUUUCUCGGAGGCUUCAGUUGUGGCAGCUCGAAUAUGCUCAAGGAUUGAUAGAAUUCCAGAGAUAGAUGGUGAGGACACCACGAAAGGAUUCAUACCAAAAGAGAAGAUGAAUGGAAGAGUAGAGUUUGAGCAUGUAUCUUUCACAUAUCCUUCUCGUCCAAAAUCCACAAUUCUUAAGGACUUCACUCUCAGAGUCAAUGUUGGGAAAACCGUAGCUCUGAUGGGAGCUAGUGGAAGUGGUAAAUCAACAGUGAUCGCGUUGCUGCAACGGUUCUAUGAUCCAGCUGAAGGGCUUGUGAGGAUCGAUGGGUUUGACAUAAAGACUCUUCAGUUAAAAUGGAUGAGAGGACAUAUUGGUGUUGUGAGUCAAGAACAUGCUUUGUUUGGGACGUCCAUAAAGGAAAAUAUAAUGUUUGGGAAAGAUCAUGCAUCAAUGGAUGAAGUCAUUUCAGCUGCAAAGGCUGCAAAUGCUCAUAGCUUUAUAACACAAUUACCAGAUGGUUAUGAUACACAGAUAGGUGACCGUGGAGGACUUUUAUCGGGAGGUCAGAAGCAAAGGAUUGCAAUUGCAAGGGCGAUUAUUAGGAAUCCGGUGAUUUUACUUUUAGAUGAAGCAACAAGUGCACUAGAUGGAGAAUCUGAAACAUUGAUUCAAAAUUCACUUGAUCAAGUUGCCUCAGGACGAACUACACUGGUGGUGGCGCAUAAGCUUUCAACAGUUAGAGGAGCGGAUCUUAUUGCUGUGUUAGAAAAUGGUUCCGUCAAAGAAAUGGGUUCUCAUGAAGAUUUGAUGACUAAGAACAACCAUUAUGCAAACCUUGUAAAUCUUCAAAGAAAAUUCAGACAUGAAUCUCGACAAGAUCUUCAAGAUGUGGUCAAAACUCCUGAGAUACGAGAAUGUUGGUCUGCCAAGAACAGUUUCAACAGGCAAAGCACAGCGUCUACUUCUGAUCUUACUCUUUCUCCUAUUCCAUUAUUGAGCACUCAAGCAGCAAGAAUUGAUGUUAAUCUCCCUUCUACUUCUUUCACUCGACUUCUUCCAUUGGUUUCCCCUGAGUGGAAGUCUGCUCUUGUCGGUUGCAUAUCAGCUGCAACAUUUGGUGCAAUCCAACCAAUUUACGCCUUAAACAUAGGCGGUAUGAUCUCUGCUUUCUUUGCGAAAAGCUCGCAAGAAAUGGAGAACAAGAUACGGAUUUACUCCUUAAUAUUCAUUUCCCUCACCUUUGUCUCCCUCACCUUAAAUCUCCUUCAGCAUUACAGCUUCGCUAAAAUGGGUGAAAGGCUAAUGCAAAGACUUCGGGUGAGAAUGCUCGAAAAGAUCUUCACCUUUGAACCCGCCUGGUUUGAUGUGGAAGAGAACUUUAGCGGUGAGCUUUGUUCAAGGCUUAGCAGUGAAGCGUCCAUUGUGAAGUCUUUAGUAUCCGACAGAAUCUCCUUGCUUGUCCAGACCAUUUCAGGUGUCACGAUCGCUAUGAUCAUCGGUCUACUAGUUUCUUGGAAACUAGCGUUGGUCAUGAUCGCUGUCCAGCCUCUCACUAUCCUUUGCUUCUACACCAAAAAAGUUUUGCUCUCCAGCAUUUCCCACAAUUACGCCUAUGCGCAAAACCGUAGCUCACAGAUUGCAUCAGAAGCUGUUUACAACCACAAGAUCGUUACUUCCUUGGGAUCCACGAAAAGAACCAUUGAAAUAUUUGACAAGGCUCAAUAUGAUGCGACAAGAAAGGGUAGGAAAGCUGCAUGGCUCGCAGGCUUUGGGAUGGGAUUGGCUCAGUGCCUAACCUUCAUGACAUGGGCAUUAGACUUUUGGUAUGGAGGAGUGUUGGUUCAAAAAGGCGAAAUCUCGGCCGGUGAUGUAUUCAAGACGUUCUUCGUUUUGGUUAGCACCGGUAAGGUUAUUGCGGAAGCAGGAAGCAUGACUUCUGACCUUGCCAAGGGCUCUGCCGCCAUUUCUUCCGUCUUCAAGAUCCUUGAUCGUCCUUCACCUCAAGACAAUACAAACCGUGGAGCGAAGAUUGAGACUAUAACCGGGAGAAUAGAGCUUAAAGAUAUCGAUUUCUCGUAUCCAAACCGGCCUAGUAUACCGGUGCUCCAACAGUUUUCCUUGGAGAUCAAGCCAGGGACAAGCAUUGGAUUGGUCGGUACAUCAGGGUGCGGAAAAUCAACAGUGAUCGCUUUGAUCCAACGCUUCUACGACGUGAAAAAAGGAUGUGUGUUAAUAGACGGCGUAGAUUUGAGAGAAAUAAACAUAAAAUGGUAUAGAAAACACACUGCACUAGUGAGCCAAGAGCCGGUAGUUUAUUCCGGAACCAUCCGAGAGAAUAUAAAGCUUGGACGGCCUGAAGCGGCCGAGGAUGAGAUUGUGGAUGCUGCAAAAGCCGCCAAUGCUCAUGAUUACAUAUCGGCAUUGGAGAAAGGAUAUGAAACGGAGUGUGGAGAAAGAGGAGUGCAACUCUCAGGUGGUCAAAAACAGAGGAUAGCUAUCGCUAGAGCGUUUUUGAGAAAUCCUAUAAUACUUCUACUUGACGAGGUAACGAGUUCCUUAGACUCUGACUCAGAGCAAGCGGUUCAGGAAGCUCUGGCUCGGAUCGUGGCUAUCCGGAAGAUGACUACUGUAGUAGUGGCUCACCGUCUCAACACCCUGAAGAACUUGGACCGCAUUGCAGUGAUCGCAGAAGGAACUGUGGUAGAGACAGGGAGUUACGACCACCUGAAGAGCAUUGGAGGCCAGUUCUCUAGACUUGUUCAUGCUCAUGAUCUCAAAUCCUGA